AUGACUAAGAGUCAGGAUAAAGUGCUCCUGACGGAGCAUGUGAGCUCCAUCUUUCAGAUUGAUAUCCCAACCAAGUGCAAAGACUCUGUUUGUCCCACCAUCCCUAUAGCUAUCGCAGGCCAGAAAAUUGAUCAGGCAUUACUGGAUUUAGGAGCCAGUGUCAACCUGCUCCCAUAUUCGGUAUACUUGAGGCUUGACCUUGGCAAUUUGAGAGCCACACCGGUCACACUACAGUUGGCUGACCGAAGUGUGAAAGUUCCGAAGGGGGUGGUGGAAGACGUUUUAAUUCAAGUGGACGAGUUCUUUUUUCCAGUCGACUUCAUUGCCUUGGACACAUUCCCUGAGUCGAGGAUGAUAAGAAAAGUGCAUGAGGUGAAUUCGAUUGACACGCUGGUGCAAGAGCAUGUCUAUAGUAUUUUAUAUAAGGUUCCUCUGGAGAUAGCCUUAGCCGUCGAGAAGGUGUCAUUCUUAGAUUCUUCAGAGGUAAGGAGUUUAAUGGAGAUGUCUGCACUUGAGGAUGUGUGUAGCACCCCUUGGGACCCAGUUCUUGAGCCGUUGGGUGCCCCAUUGUCUUAG